UCAUUGUGUCAACUCAUUGUUAGAUUCGUGAUAACUAUGCAGGUGGCACGCUUCGCCUCAAUAGUUGAAAAGCGACGAUCAAAAAUGGAUUAUGCCGCUCUGAUAUUACUAAUUACCUGCGCGCAAGCAAGAAUGGUGUGUGAACGAAACAAAAUGGCACUGGAGCUUGGAAAAUGGAAAAACACGAUGAUACACAUGGAUUCUGCUGUCGUGGAAAACAGUCCGGUGGCUAUUGCGGAGGGGCAAAUAUAUGUUUAUGAAAAUUACUUUCCCGGAUAUACUAUACGUUACAUUCAUGUCGACAACUUGGCACAGAAAACUUGCGGCGCGAGCGCACAGAUCAAAGAUGGUGGAAUAGGCAAGAAUAGUGUGCUAGUCGUGCUUCGCGCCGAGUCCAACUUGGAGAUCAGGUCGGUGGUGGACGUGUGGGGCACCAAGGACCCCAACCCACGCAACUCGCUCAAGCUACCUCGGUAUAUUGAUGAAAAUGCGAAAUAUGUCAAGUCCUUGUACCUUUACCAGGGAUCUAGAGCUUUGAAUCACAACAAAGGAUUUUAAUAUUUUAUUAAGAUGUGUUUUGUCAGAUCUAUCGUACAUAGUAAUGUGUCUUUCUAUAAAUUGAUUAAUGAAAUUGCCGAAGGAUAUGAUCGUACAGCACGCAACAAUUGGUUAGUUUUUGUUUUCUAUUUAUUUCUUUAUGUAAUUUUUUUUUUCAAUUAAAUAAAUAAAAUAAUAAUGUUAUUAUUUUAAUUCGACAAGUAUUGUAUUAUUGUGUUCCAAUAUUGCUUUUUUGCAUAUUUUCAAUGGGUUUAUCAAUGAUGUAAUCUAAAUCGCACACAGUUUGCAAUUUAGAUGGUAAUUAGAUAGGAAAGAUUUGACUUGCAUUCCUGUAUAAGCGAUAAUUAACUUGUUACGCUGUAGGCGUUCAUGUUUUCAAUAAUGUUUAUGCAAAUGAGAACAAGUCCUUUUUUAAUUGAAAAUAAGUUAUUUUACGAACCGUGAUUUGAUUGCCGAAACGCAUUGUGUUUAAAUUGAAAUAUAAAGCAUAUACAAUCGGUUUGGCACUUUUGCAAUUUACAACAAUUCCGUGCGUGCCAAUGGUCUUCCAACUAAACUAGGGAUGCUGACGACCAUGCAAAGUGGAGACGAAAAAGUAGGUAAGCGAACUCUGGGCUCCGACACUCAACAGCUGAACAAGAAAGCGGGGGAACGCUCAGAUGAGAGAUAGAAACUCAAAUAAGGUAAUAUUUUUCAGCGAUUUCAAUUAUCACAGUAGCAUGGAGUUUUCUUGGAGACGGAAUGUUAUUUCCAAUAACGUUGGAGAAGACAAAUCUUCGUUAUUUUUACGAUCACUCUCCCAUAAAACUACACAAUCACGCAUGCAAAGGGCCUAAGUGCGUUAGCAUAUGUAAACGCCGCCGGUGCGUGCACGGCCCAUGUCAUAAUUUUUGUGUCGAAAAAGUACAAGGAUCCCUUGUAUACAUCGGAGGGUAUAUAUCAUAAACUUUUAGUGAAGACUUGCUAUGUAAACGUUUGUUUUUUGUUUUUUUUUUUUAUACUAGUAAAUUUUUUAUACUAGUAAUUAUAAAUACUAGUAAAUAUUAAUAUAUUUUUUUAUAUGGUC